AUGGAGAACACCUCUGUCGGACUCAGGCCCGCCGUGCCAGCUGCGACUUCCCAGGCCGCAGAGCCCAUGCAGCGCAGCGUGCGCCUGGAUGCCGCCGAGUGGGUGGAGUCCGAGGAGAACGCUUGGCGAAGCUUUGCGACCUCGGUGGGUGAGGCGGCCGCGGAGGAGUUCCUCCAGAGCCUCCAGGGCAGCUGGGAGGACGACGUGGGCUUGAGCAUCAAUGUGCACGGCAGCGAGGUCGACUUUGGCGACGGCACGGGCGUUUGGCCCAUUUUGCGGGGGGAGUCGGAGUGGGAGCUGCGGGGCACGCGCUUCAAAGGGGACCCGGACAAUCCCCGGUGGGAGUUCCCCAACGGUAUGUGCCGCACCUGGAGGAGACCGGAGCCCUUGAGUGCAGAGCACCAGGCCUGGCGCGAGCUCUUCCUGGACUACAAGGAGCAGCGGUUGCAGCUCAGGCGCCAGCUGUGGUCCAGCCUUGUCCAUGGGGACGCAGUGUCAGCGGAGCUGCAAGCGAAGUGGGAUACCGGAGCGGUGGACACCGAGGUGUCCUUCUCCAUGGAGCAGCAGAGCCGGCUCUUCGCUGGGCGCGCCAUCGUGCCCGGCACGUGCUUCGUGCACCGGCGCUACGGCUACCGCGGGGUGGUGGUGGCCUGCGAGCCCUGGUGCACCGCGAGCUCUGCCUGGCGCCAGAUGAUGGGUGUCUCCAACCUGGCCAGGGGCGAGCUGCAGCCCUUCUACCACUGCCUUGUCCACGAGCUGGACCGGCCUGGUGGGCAGAUGACCUUUGUAGGAGAGGAGAACCUCACUCCCAAUGACCUGGCUUUCCCGCUGCCGCAUCCGUUGGUGCAGCAGUUGCUGAUCAGGUGCGAUGAGCUGAAGUCCUACCUGCCGGGCCCGCGACUGGAGCAGGGCCUGAAGCGCCAGAAGCGGGGCCAAGACUUCACCUGGAACCUCUGA